AUGCCCGCCGUCAAGGAGUGCAUGCAAACCACGUCGUUCAAGCAGCACCCAGAUGCAGCUGUAGCACUGCCAGCCAUCCCUCGGCGACUAGAUAUCAUUGACAUACGGAGCAACAAGGUUGACUUCAAUCUCAAAGAUGAGAUUGCUUCUGCCUUCAAUUCGUCCGACAGCGGGGCUCGCAAGCUGCCUGCUCUGCUGUUGUACGAUGAGAGGGGGCUGCAAUUGUUUGAGGAUAUUACGUAUCUGGACGAAUAUUACUUGACCAACUAUGAAAUCGAGCUGCUCAAGAAGCAUUCUGUCGAGAUUGCGGCCAAGAUUCCUGAGGGGGCAAUGUUGAUUGAAUUGGGGAGUGGAAACCUGCGCAAGGUCUGCCUCCUCCUCCAGGCAUUUGAAGACGCCCGCAAAUCCAUCAACUACUACGCCCUCGAUCUAUCCCAGACCGAGCUCGAACGAACCCUUUCCCACGUCCCUGACUUUAAGCACGUUUCUUGCCAUGGGCUGCUGGGCACUUAUGACGAUGGCGUGGCGUGGUUGAAGCAGCCUGCUCUAGUGGCCGUGCCGAAAUGCAUUCUCCAUCUCGGGUCGAGUAUCGGAAACUUCCAUCGCGAUGAGGCCGCCGAAUUUUUGCAGUCCUACGCCGAUAUUUUGAAGCCGACAGACUCUAUGCUAGUUGGGUUGGACUCGUGUGGAAACCCGGACAAGAUCUACCAUGCCUAUAAUGACAGCCAAGGCAUAACUCACGAAUUCAUCCUCAAUGGCCUCGCAAACGCCAACCAUAUAUACAACCAAGAAGUCUUUCAUGUCACCGACUGGAAAGUUAUUGGGGAAUAUGUCUUUGACGACCAAGGCGGUCGUCACCAGGCCUUUCUCUCCCCGGUGAAAGAAGUCACGGUUCUGGGGUCCGUAAUCAAACCACAUGAAAGGGUUUUCAUUGAGCAAAGCCUAAAGUACUCCAAGAUUGGGGCUGAAAACCUAUGGACUCACGCCGGGUUGCGUAAGGUUGGAAGCUGGACCAAAGAUGAUGAAUAUGGCCUCCACAUGCUUAAACGCUCCUACCUCCCCCUGAGCAAAGUGCCCUCCGUCUAUGCCGCAUCCAACCUCCCCAGCUUGGCAGACUGGCACUCCCUCUGGUCAGCAUGGGACAUUGUCACCAAGGGCAUGCUCCCCAAGCAGGAACUCACAGAAAAACCCAUCAAGCUCCGCAACGCUUGCAUCUUCUAUCUCGGCCACAUUCCCACGUUUCUCGACAUUCAGCUCACCAAAACUACGGGGCGCCCACCCACUCACCCGGCGUCCUAUUACGGCAUCUUUGAGCGCGGCAUCGACCCAGAUGUCGACAACCCCGAGAAAUGCCACGAUCACUCGGUUAUUCCAGAUGAGUGGCCGCCCGUUGAGGAAAUCGAGGCCUACCAGGGAAGAGUCCGGGCCCGUCUGACAGAGAUGUAUGAGAAAGAGGGACAGGGGCCGAAGAAUAUUCCCAGGAGCAUAGCCCGUGCUAUUUGGGCUGGAUUCGAGCACGAGGUCAUGCAUAUCGAGACGCUGCUUUACAUGAUGCUCCAGAGCGAUAAAACGUUGCCUCCGCCGCAUACGGGUGUUCCCAACUUUGAAAGAAUGGCAAAGACGGCGUUUGAGGCCAGGGUGCCGAAUCAGUGGUUCGACGUGCCGGCCCAGACCAUCACUAUCGGCAUGGAUGACCCCGAGGACGGCGCUGACGACGUCCCCUUUGGAUGGGACAAUGAAAAGCCCAAGCGGAAAGUAAAGGUUCACGCCUUCCAGGCCAAAGGUCGGCCCAUCACAAACGAAGAGUACGCUCAAUACAUGUUUGCCACCCAAAUCUCCCAAAUGCCCGCGUCAUGGGUCUCUGCCACGACAAACAGCACCGGCAAACACAUGCCCACCAACCUUCCAGAGUCGUUCCUCCAGGGAAAAUCCGUCCGCACCAUGUACGGCCUCGUCCCGCUCAAGUACGCGCUCGACUGGCCCGUGAUGGCGUCCUACAACGAACUUGCCGGCUGCGCAUGCUGGAUUGGCGGUAGAAUUCCAACCUUUGAAGAGGCACAAAGCAUUUACGCCUUUGUCGAGAGUGCAAGGGGCGUCGAGGUCUCGGGUAGUACCCUUGUCAAAAAGGUUCCAGCCGUCAAUGGCCACCUGGUAAACAACGGAGUGGAGGAAACGCCCCCAUCGCUAGUCUCCCUCGACGACAGUCCUGAACCCCCGCUGUUCGUCGACCUGGCCGGUGCAAACGUCGGCUUCAAGCACUGGCACCCCACGCCAGUGACGUCCCAGGGGGGUUCCCUCGGCGGUCGAUGCGGCACAGGCGGCGUGUGGGAAUGGACGUCGUCUCCUCUUCGUCGCCACGACGGGUUCCAGCCAAUGGCGCUGUACCCGCAGUACACGGCGGACUUUUUCGACGAGAAGCACAACGUCGUGCUGGGAGGGUCGUGGGCCACGCACCCACGCAUUGCAGGGAGGAGGACCUUUAUGAACUGGUAUCAGAGGAGCUAUCCGUUUGCGUGGACGAGAGCGAAUGGAAAUGGAACAAGGGUUGGUGUGCGGGUAAUGAAAUGUACCAGACUGUGCUGGAGAUGGAUGUGGACAACCAAGUUUUCACUCACUCAUGAAGGGUCGAAGCAGAGUGUGUUUUUAAUAGUGCCCUUGCCAUUGCCCAAGGCCGUUGGCAAUAUUAUUCAAGGCAUAUGCGCCCCGGCCCCAGUUCCGGCGUCGUCUCGCAUAUUCCACACGUAG